GACAUAUAAUUUUGGCGCGCGUCGAUUUUAUAAAAGAUGCCUUGAGGAGGCGCUUUGGUAGUGCCUGGCGUUGUGAACGCGCACUUCAGCUGAUCGGCUUUCCAACGAACAGCCAACGAACGGCUCUCGAUCUCGAUUCUCGAGGAGAGAUUUUAGAAAAUGGCAGAGUACUGCCGUCUGUUUUGUGAUUGUGACUGCUUCUCUCUUGAAUUUUCAUUGGAAGUUGCGAUAAUUUUGUAAAACUGACUUCUGUAGAUGAAGUGUGAUCUUUGGCCGUUAUGCACCUGAAUCGUUGUAUUGACUACUCUUAGUAACAUAAACAACAAUAUGGCCCCUAGACGAGCUGAGGAAAUACCUCUGAAGAGAGUAGCAGCGUUAGGUUGUCGCCUGCCCUCUCGUCUUCCUGCUGGAGAAAUUUUAACAGAUAUCACUCAAAAUUCAUGGAGAUUAGGUAAUUCCAUAGGCUGUGGUGGUUUUGGAGAUGUUUACCUUGCGUCAAAUGAUAUUCACAAACCAGUUGGUCAAAAUGCAAAGUAUGUUAUUAAAAUUGAACCACAUAAUAACGGACCUUUAUUCGUUGAAAUGAAUUUUUACAUAAGAGCUGCCAGAAAAUCAAUGAUUGAAACUUGGUGCAAGGACCAAAAUCUUUUACAAGUAGGAAUACCAAGUUACGAAGGUUCGGGAUCACAUGUCUAUGGAGGAGAAAAAUAUAGGUUUCUAGUAAUACCUCGAUAUGGAACUGAUGUGAGCAAAUUAUUUUUGGCUAAUGGUAGAAAACUGUCAAGCAAAUUCGUCAACAGUUUGGCUGUUCAAAUGUUGUAUGCCAUAGAAUACAUUCACAAUCAAGGGUAUGCUCACUCGGAUAUCAAAGGUGCAAAUAUUUUAUUGAAAAAGAAUAAUCAAGAAUAUCGUACAGAAAUCGAAAAAACUCAGGCUUUCCUUGUUGACUAUGGUUUAGCUUAUAGAUAUCGAACUAGUAAUGGCAUACACAAACCUUUUGUCCAUGACGAAAGAAGAGCCCAUGAAGGAACUCUUGAGUAUACUUCGCGUGACGCUCAUCAUGGAACACAUUCAAGGAGAGGAGACCUUGAAACAUUAGGAUACAAUAUUCUUCAGUGGCUCUGCGGACGGUUGCCGUGGGAAAAUGAAAAUGGAGGCUUAUCUCCGUCAGCUGACCCUGAUGAAAUUCAUGACAAGAAAGAAAACUUCCUACUAAACAUAGAUACUUUUAUGAAAGAGUGUUUUAAAGAUAACAAAGCACCAGAAAAUAUAACAAAUUACAUGAAGUAUAUUGUCAAUCUCAAGUUUGAAUCCAGGCCUGAUUACGUAUACCUCAGAAGCCUGUUCAGACAGGAUUUAAGCUUUGAAAGUCUGUUUGGAAAAAGGUUGUCUUUUGCAAACGAAAAUUCUUCGCGCAUUGAGACUUUCAAGAGACCGUAUUUACGAGAGCGAAAACCAUGUAGGCCCGUGAAUGGCGAAGUGCGAAUAACCCGAAACACACAGUUGUUAGCGGAGCAUGAGAAAAAGGAAAGCGACUUUAGUUGGGAGGCGGUACUGGCUUGUCACCCGGACAAGCUGGCGAAAAUCAGCGCUCAACCGCCGUCGUCGCCUCUGACCCCACCACCGUCGCCACCGCCGCCAACACUCCCCACCUACGCUAUGCUUGCCGUGCAGCAGCGUAUGAAGGAACGACAAACUGGUUUGGUCAGGCAGCGAACCAAUUCCAAGUCUUCCGAUAACGAUCUUAAACCCAAAUGGAUGACACCGGCAAUGGAAGAAGUGGCUCAAUUAAGGAAAAGGAAUCUUCAGAAAAUACAGCUCGACGCCAAUGCCAACGAAACCAAAAGACUUACACCUCGACUCACACGCUCUCGCGUGGCGCAGCUUAAACGUAAAGAAAAAGCGAUGAAGCGCUCGUUGCAGACUGAUUCGAAAAGCGGGAUAAAAAAAAAGCGAAAACUGUCCUACUGAAGCGGAGUCGUGCCGAACGCGUUUAUAGUAAGCAAUUACAACAAUCGCUCGUUAACGAAAAAUAACAUGAUAAUUUAACAAAAAAAAACCUUGCAAAUCUUUCGUAUCAGAUAUAACGUGUAAGUAUUAUUACUGAUUAGGUUAGAACUUUUCGACGUUCCUGCGAGAGGACAAAACAAAACUCGCGCGCGAUUCUCGCCACUUUUUCGUAAGACUGCCUUACCAACGCUAACUUUUUUAAAGAGCCUUGGUGAUCAAAAGAAAUUGAUAAGAAAAACACCCAAGCCUGGUAAGCACGGAUUUAAUUUUAUACGAAUCUUUCACAUUACAUGUCAUUAUUGUUUUUAACAAACUUGUCCGUUACAUUUCUCUAUACUUUUUUUGUAAUGUGCGUAUAAAUUAAAGAUAUCAAAUCAUAUAAAUAGAGAGUCGAGCUUUCGCUUUAUUUUUUGGUGUGUGACGCAGGCGCGAUCACAGUCAAAAUUUCGAACGGAAAGUCUGUAGUUGUUUUAAGGCCAACAUUACUUAGAUAGAAUUCUAAAUAAGCUUCCGUUGCGAGAUUUUGCGGAAUCGAAUGAUUUUUUUUCUCGAACUUCCAGUCUCUCAAUUAAACCAUCACACGUAUCCUUUAUUAUUAUUUUUCCCGAUCAAUUAAAUUUAAUGAUAUUUUCUUGUAAAUACCGAAGUAUAAUUAACAUAAGGAAAUUUAUAUCUUAUUUGUGAUAAUUGUGUAUAUUAAAUGGUUAAGUUGAGCAGCGUACCUGUGCCACGAGUAAAAGAAAAAUCCGCUUAGUGUUUAAUCAUAUGCGUAUUAAUAAAAUCGUUUAGGUUUUGGCUAAGAAUCAUCUUUUUAGUGCGAGAUAAAUAUAUAUACACUCACGUACGACAUAAUCAGAGAGUACAUAUAUAGAAUUAUACGUUACUUAGAUACAUUUUUUCUCUCUUUUUUUAAAUUAGAGAUGAAACUAUUUGAUAAUAAAAUAUCUUUAUGGUUUUUUUGUACAUUUGAAUCUUUUAUCGCUUAACAUGUAAUAUGUCGUAUUGUAUUACAGAAAUAUAGACCACAAUGUGCAUUUAAA